AUGGCAACCGAGUUUGCAUUAGAUUCUGAUGCUUAUAGUCAAGCCCUUACAUCACUCACAGCGUUGAUAAGCCACCAGAAGACCGAAGGCCGAUCUACGGCCGCAGUUUACCUCACAAUUAACGUUAACAUAAAAUUGGCAAAGUCCAAGGAUUACAGACCUCGAGUAAUUCCCCUUAAACAUAAGCUCGAUAAAGUCUCCAGCAGAGCCAUACUUUUUAUCUCAAAGGAUCCAGCAAAUUAUUAUAGAAAAAUUUUGACUGCAAAAGGCACGCCUACCGAAGAUACUUUUCACGAAAUCAUAUCUUUGAAGAAACUCAAACUGAAAUCAAAAUCUCAAAAGUCAUUGAUAAAAUUAUACAAGGAGAACGAUAUAAUAGUGGCAGACAAUAGAGUUCAUAAAUUUCUACCUGAUGUUUUGGGAUCUACAUUCUACGUGAGAAAGAAGAAAGUACCAUUUAUGCUUCAAAUGGCAAAGCCCGAUCCAUCGGUAAAAUUAAGAAGAACACAACAGAACAAACUCAAGGAUGAUAGGUGCGAUGUUGAGUACGUGUAUAAGCAAGUCAAGUCAAUUGUGGGAAAUGCGUCAUUUGUGCCGACGACUAAUGUGGGUGACGUGAUUUCGCUUAAGAUUGGGUACACAAACUGGACCGUUGAUCAUUUGGUGGAUAAUAUCAACAGUAUCGUAAAGUAUUUAACAAACGAGGAGAAUAGAAACGUCAUCGGUACUGCAAUAAAUUUGGAAAACUUGGUGAAUGUUAAUGUCCGUGGGGAGGAUAGUAUAAGUUUACCAGUUUUGGCAAGAUCAAAGGAGACUGUUGAAAAUGAAGAUGACGAUAGUGACUUCGAAUUUUGA